AUUUUUGGCGGGAGAUACGAAGCGCACCCUAACAGGCGUAUCGAGUAAGCUUCUCCCCCGUUUCCAAUUAAAAACCCACUACCAAACCCCAACUAAAAAACACACUCCCCUCUCUCUCUUCCCCGUCAAGCUGCCGUCACAAUCGAUCGAUCACUCCUGCUGUCAUUACAAUGACGGUGUUGAGGUCCCGGAAGGUUCAGUCCGCUGUCGGUGUUAAAACCUCGAAGCCGUCGGCUGGUGAAAAUACGGUGGUCGAGCCGGAAACCCCUUCCAAAACCUCUGAGUUCACGAGCCCGUCUGCAAAGAUGGCUACUCCAGCGAGUUCGGGUUGCCCGGGUCAGGAAUUGGGUUUAGGGUUGAGGGAAGUUGUGGAUUCUGAAACUGGGUCUGCAAGGAGACGGAGUGCUCGGCUGGCAGGAAAAUUGGAUAAUGGUGAGGAGGCGAGUGGGAAAAGGAUGAAAUUCGAAGAGGUGGAUUUUGGGAAACAGGAACCGGAUCUUUACUUAGGGAGUGAUGGGGGUGCUGCUGAAUCUGGUGCAGUCAAGGAAGAAGUCGAGAAGGGCGAGAGUGUUUCCAGGUUGGGAUUGGCGGGGACUGCUGAUGGUGGCAGUGGACGCAAGAGGAAACUCAGCAGUGAAGCAAAAUCGCCUAGGUUUGUGUCGAACGAAGUAGUGGAGCUUGUCAAUAAGGUUAUGAGCCUUAGGUCUGGAAAACGAGUUGUGAUAGAUGUGAAAGAAGGUAGUAGUGGUUCUGAUCGGGCAGAAAAGACUGGGAAUAGUAACAAAAGUGUUUUUGUCGGCAGUGGUAACCACCCGUCGGUGCCUAAGUUAGAGAAAGGGCCAGGAGAAGAUGAAAAUGGCCCUCAGAAGAAGGAGAAGAGAUUUAGCCGAGCACAGAAAGGUAAGGAAAAAGUUGGUGAUGAGACUUUGGAGACAAGUGAUUCUUCAAUGAGUUCUGGAUCAGAGACUGAAGAUGUGAGUGGUGUUAAGACACGAGGGAGACUAAGCAAGGAAGAGAAAGGUAAAGCAAAAUUGGGAGUCAAUGCUUCUUCGCAAAUUGACAUAAAUAUAGCUGAAACCAAUGCAGAAAAUGUAGAAGGAAGAAGUGCAUCAGGUGCCAGCAACCACUCGGCAGCCAAUGAAGCAUUGCCUGCUGAACAAGCUCAGGCGAGAGAGGCCUUCAAUUUCGUGAACAAUGCAGGCAAUGUUCCCAAUGCAGGAAUUGCAGGAUUUGUUCGUAACAGACGAUACGAUAGGGAACGUCAUCGAAAUUUCGCCAGGCAAAAUGCAUCUCGAUUUGCCCAUUUCUCUUCCCAAGACGAGCUGGGACCUGAUCAGGCCACCAAUGGUGCUGGGAAUUCUAAUCAGCCACAAAAUCCUGUAGAAGAUUGGCCAGGUCCCUUCUCAACGGCCAUGAAAAUUAUUAGCGAUCGUGCAACUUAUGUGUGGUCUGCUGUUCCUGAUACAAGUGAGGCUGUUGAAAUUAAUUGGACCCCCAAGAAGAAGGAUUCAUGCAAAAACGAGAAGCGGGCCCCGUCUUUGCAGGAUCUUUGCCUGACGGUUGUUUCUAAAAAUGCUGAUGCUGUCACUUCUCUUGAUUUUGUUCCCGACUCGUUGAGACACAAGAUCAGUUGGUUUCUUUGUGACAGUCGGGUAAUGAACGGUAAGUUUCUUGAACUGCUUGUGGACGGUUCUCCUACUGAGGUACGCGUACGAGAUUGUUCAUGGUUGACUGAGGAACUAUUCGCCAAGAUAUUUGAGGGUCUUGAUGCCAGCAAGUUGAUGGUGUUUCAAUUCGACCUAUGUGGAAGCUGUAUGCCAGACUAUAAUCUACAUGCCACGCUGGCUCGCUCGCCAAAUUGGCUUCCUGCCUUGUCUAUGAUAUCCUUGAGAGGUGCAUAUCGACUUACAGAUGUUGGACUAAGCUUGCUGGCUUCGGCUGCACCUUGUCUAAAAUCUAUUGACAUCAGCCAAUGUCCUUUGCUGACCUCUGAGGGAAUCUGCUGUCUGUUAAGCUCACUAAGAUUAGUUCUAAGGGAGUUGUACCUGGACAAUUGUCAUGGCAUAGAUGCUAUGCUUAUUCUUCCAGCACUGCUAAAGCUAGAGAGCCUAGAAGUUCUAUCGCUAGCUGGAAUUCAGACUGUUUCUGAUGAUUUUGUCAGUAAAUUCAUCACGGCAAGUGGUUGCAGAAUGAAGGAACUUGUCUUAGCAGAUUGCCUGGAGUUAACUGAUUUUUCUUUGGAAGUCAUUGGUAAUAUUUGUUCUGAAUUGCGAGCAAUAGACCUGUCGAAUUUGCGUAAAUUGACCGAUGCUUCCAUUGCUCAUCUUGCAAAUGGUUGCCGAACAAUUGAGAUACUAAAAUUAUGUCGUAAUGGAUUCAGUGAUAUAGCUAUUGCUGCGUAUCUUGAUGUUCGUGGAGCGUCUCUGAAAGAUCUAUCGCUCAAUAACAUCGUCCAGGUUUCAGGCCAUACUGCUCUAGCACUUUCUAGAAAUUGCAUCAAUAUACGGAGUUUAGAUUUGUCUUGGUGCCGCAAUUUAACCAAUGAAGCACUGGGACUGAUUGUCGAUUCAUGCUCUUUGCUGGAAGUACUCAAAUUGUUUGGCUGUUCGCAGAUUACAAAUGUAUUUGUCAAUGGGCAUUCAAAUCGACAGGUGAAACUCGUCGGGUUGAAGAUGACUCCAUUAAUAAAGCAUAUCGACGUGCCGGAUUUCCUUCAAGCACCUCUUCGUUACUCGGCCAUCACUCCUUGAAUAAUAUCUGGCCUUUGUUUUAGUUUGUUUUACCAGUUGCAUAGCUAUCAAGCAGAUUCUGUUUUUCAGCCUGACAUUUCCUUAAGCCACCCCUUUUUUUGGUUUCUUUUGAUGGACUUUAAUAUGUUUAAUUAAUUUUAUCACUUGAAACAGAGAGGGUGAAUUUUACCUUAGUGUCCACCCUUGGUUUUGAGCCGUUGGAUGAACACGUCUAUAUGGGUGCACGUGUGUGUGACUCGAUGGCUCAAAAUUCUGCCCAACUAAGAUGGAAGCUUUUAACUUUUAUCUGUUUUUGGCAUCCGUUUUUGGGGUCUGAAAAUAUUACCUUUUUAGUUUGAUACAAGUUAUUGGGGCAUCCGUAUUCGGUUUUGUUCAUUUAAUCACCAAUUACAGUCUCUCUCAUCGACAUAAUGUUCA